AUCAUAACCCCUCGUCCCCAAACGAUCUAACUAACCCAGAGACGAAAGAAAGGGAUUAGGGUUUUAGGGCUUCCGUCGCCGUGUCAAUGGCGCUCUCUUCCUCGACAGCCUUCCGCAGGAUAGUACAGGGAACUUCAUCAUCAUUUUCCCAACUGAAAUUAACCUUCUCACCCAGCCGUCAAAGCUCUUCCUUUCCCCUGGAUGAAGACAGUGGCAUCAAAGAACUUCCUCCAUUGUCCACCCCUAAGCUUUUCGUCAGCGGGCUCUCCAGAUUAACUACUGAUGAAAAACUUAAAGAUGCAUUUUCACCUUUUGGCCAACUGCUUGAAGCCAAAGUUAUCACCGAUCGAGCCUCUGGAAGAUCCAAAGGGUUUGGGUUUGUUAGUUAUGCAACGAUUGAAGAGGCAGACAAAGCUCGUUAUGCAAUGAAUGCCAAAUUCUUGGAUGGAUGGGUAAUCUUUGUUGAUCCUGCCAAGCCAAAAGAACGAAGGCCUCUCACAACCUCCUCACCUGAACCUGAGGCUUCUGAAACUGGUUUCAGGUCUAACAAGACAAUUGGAUGGUGUGGUUGAUUAAAGCCCAUGCAUGCAUUGUAUUUAUCUUGUAUUGAAUUGAAUUUAAGAACAGAAAGUUAUGAGCUUUACUAUCUUAAAUGAAUUAUGGUCAUCUUCUACCAUUUGAUUUAAUCUAAUUAUAGUGAAAAUCUCACU